AUGAGGACAACUUUACGGCAAUGGUACUCAAGGGAAGUAGAUCAACCAAGUCCAGUAAACGCUGGACAUAUGUUUGACUAUUCUGAUUCGAGUACUAUUUCCAUGGUACAAAAAUCGUUAUGUAAUCAAGAAGAAGGAAUGUAUUUACUCGUAGCAGUAUCAUCUUCUCUGCAAAACAUCGAGCAACGAUCAGCAAUUCGUAAAACAUGGGGGCAAGCCAUUGGAGGGAAUAGCAUAGUUAUAUUUAUGAUUGAUCGGUCACGUGACCAUUAUAAUACUGAUGACAUCAUACGUGAAAGUGUAACGUACCAUGAUAUUGUUGAGUUUGAUUUACGUCAUGGUGUCAACAAUACCACAUUGAACACAAUAUCUAUGUUUCAGUGGAUAUCAAAUUAUUGCCGGACUACACAAUAUAUACUCAAAGUUGACGACUCCACCCUAGUACUGCCGGACAAUCUAUGGUCGUACUUGGAACAACUACCAUCCAAUAACGUGGCAGCUGGUAGGGCUUUGUUCAACACUAAACCUAUAAGACAAACUGCAAGCAAAUGGUUUGUUUCCUCCGAGCAAUGGAAUAAAACUACAUACCCACCUUACAUGGAAGGACCUGCAUAUCUGUUCUCUUCCGAUGUCGUUAUUCGUAUUGCUGAAGUGGCAGUCAACAUUGAACCAUUUCAAUUUGAAGAUGUCUUCAUCGGGAUUGUCUUACAAAGAUUGAAAGUGAACAUUACUGAUGCUAAGUUGUUUGACACUCGUGGCUACAAGAGAAUUCCUUGUGAAUUGAAGCAUAGUGUGUUGUCUGGGCAACAUGCAGCAGAUCAAAUGACACUAUUGUGGCACAAGCUGCGUGAUAAUGUGUGUGAUGCCAACAAUCAUUCUGUGAAUCUUCACUUCAACUAUACAUUUAUAACUACUCAUUCAUCGAAAUGUAGUGAACACCAACCAUUCCUUGUUCUCAUAACACCAUCGUCGACCGAAAAAGACAAAGAAAGAGGAAUCCUUAGACAAACUAGAAUGCGAAAUAAAGUAGUGCUAGGAAAAAAGAUUGUGCACGUAUUUCUGAUUGGGAAGUCGGAUUCCACAGAAGUCAAUGCAAAUGUUAUCAAAGAAAACGAAAAAUACGAUGACAUUAUUAUUGUUGAUUUCAAUGACACAUACGUAAACUUGACAUUGAAAACAAUAAUGAUUUUGAAAUGGGCAACCUACUUUUGUGUUGAUACAACAUACGUCAUGAAAGUUGACGAUGACGUAUUAGUGAAUUUCAAGAAUCUCGUGGGAACACUUAUCACUGCACCGAGAUUUCGUUAUGUCCUUGCCGAUGUUCACAGAAGUGAUAAGCCCAUUAGAGAUAAAAAGAUUAAAUGGUAUAUAAGCUUCACAGAAUGGCCAAAUAAUGUUUAUCCACCUUACCCCAACGGACCCGCCUAUGUUAUGUCACGUGAUGUUGCACAAAAUAUUUACUUAUCAGCACGUCAGGAACUAUUUCGAUUUGAAGACGUCUACGUAGGAAUUCAGUUGCAGUCGCUCGGUAUUGUACCAACUCAUGACUCGCGGUUCGACAGCAUGGGAAAAAAACGUUCUAUCUGUGAGUUAAAACAAGUAGUGACGACACACUGGAUACACGGAGAUCAAAUGGUACGAUUGACACGUAAUUUAGAAGAAUGGGCAGAGUACUUAGAAUGUGACGAUAAUACCCAUAUUGUCAAUGACACUAAUAUGAUUACAAUAAAAAACGGGCGUGUAAUCGGUCUUGAAGUUCAGAAACUCCCAGAAUACAACAUUUCAGAAUUUAAUAUGAAUAAUCCUAACACGUGCCAUAUGUCUAUUAAGCCCGAUUUAUUUAUAAUACAGUGUGUUGUUUCUGCGGCAAAAAACUUUGAACGCAGAAAUGCAAUUCGUCAAUCAUGGGGAUCGUACACUGGAAAUGUAUCUCGUGGAAGACACAUAAAAACUGUUUAUUUUGUUGGCGUGGUACAUGACAGCGUCACUCAGACGAAACUAAACAAUGAAAACAAAACACAUGGCGAUAUAAUUCAGUACAAUUUUGUCGAAUCCUAUGACAAUUUAAUUUUAAAAACUGUAUCGAUAUUACAUUGGGUGUAUCAUGGAUGUCAAAAUACUGACUACGUUAUCAAAAUUGAUGAUGACGUGUUUCUGAAUCCUGAAAAUAUUUUGGACUAUUUGACAUUUGCAACGAGAAAACAAUUGUACAUGGGUGAUAUCAGGAUUGGUACUGGUCCACAACGUGACGAAAUAGACAAAUUUUACACUCCACGAGAGAUCUGGUCUGAAUCCACAUUUCCGCCAUAUAUUGGUGGCUCUUGUUAUUUGUUGUCCACCGAUGUAGCGGUCGACAUGUUUAAACUUUUUUCUGAUGAACGCAAAGUUUUCAAAUGGGAAGAUGUUUAUAUUGGAAUGUUAGCUGAGCAACUGCAUAUCACGCCCUAUCCACAUAUACAAUUUGACAUGCAUCGGUUGUAUCGCUCCGCGUGUACGAUCCGAUAUGCAUUAGCAUCGCACUAUUUUACGGCAGAUAUGCACGUAAAAUACAGACAUUUUCUGCAAAACGAUGCAAAUCAUUGCAAAGAUGAUCAACCACAAAGACUUAAAGCAUCACUGUUGAUAAAUGGACCACAUAUUGGAGAGGAUAGUGCCAGAUAUGAAAGUCGAAACUAUUGGACAGUUCAUUCGCAAUGUGACUUUUAUGAACCCGAAAAGUCAUCGUUUUUUCUAGUUAUUUUGAUUUUUACCUCACCACAAAAUUAUGAAUAUAGAAGGGCGCUACGUUACAUUUUAGCCCCAAAUGACAUCGUGUUUGGACAGCGUAUUACAUACCGUUUUGUUAUGGGGGAUUCUGUGAAAAGAAGUGAGCACCAAACGAUGCUGAACGAAGAUGCACUUUACCACGACAUUCUACUCGGAAAACUUCACGACGGCCUCAAUGUUACACUUCAGCACAUACAUGCAUAUCAUUGGGCAAUAGACAAAUGCAAUGCUUUGAAUUAUGUCAUGAAAACACAAGAUCACGUUUUUGUUAAUAUUACCAAUGUUGUGAAACACCUAAUUAAUGCUCCAAGACUGGGUUACAUCACUUGUCCUGUGUUGUCUGGUCAGAAACCAAUCCGCGAUGAAAACAGCCAGUGGUACGUAUCGUCGCGUGAGUGGCCGGAAACUAAUUACCCGCCAUAUUGCAGUAACAUGGUCCACAUCAUUUCAACGGAUGUUGUAAAGAAAGUGAUACAGUUUUCCAUUUCUGGAGGCAAAGUGUUUAAGUUUCCAGAUGUGUAUUUAGGAAUUGUAUUGAAGAAACACGGAAUGACGCCAAUCGACAAUAAAUUAUUCAGCGUUUUAGGUAUUAGCAGGUUAGACGACGUGUGCAAGUUUCCUUUAGCUCUCACGUACCGCUUGCCAAUUGCAGCAUACCUAACGGAGAUUGUUCGAAACAUGUUAAAGCAAUCACCUAACGAGUGCAACCUUCAUAUCCCAGAUGGAACAAUGGUAGUCGCUGAUCCCAACAAAAACGUUGGCAGCACAAAUACUAUAACAACUUACGUCAUGAAAGUUGAUGACGAUGUGUUUGUUAACUUUGAUAACCUGGUAGCGGUGUUUAGGGAAACCCCAUUGACGGGUGUCUAUUACGGCCGAACUUAUUUCAGGCAACCAGUCGAACGGAAUCCCAAACAUAAGAAUUAUACCCCGUAUGAUAUGUGGCCUCACCAUGUGUUCCCCCCUUACAACGCUGGACCUUGCUAUAUUAUGUCAAUGGAUGUUGCUAACAAAGUAUAUAACGCUUCAUUUAAUGAAAAAAAUAAUUCAAACGAGGAUGUAUUUAUUGGUAUAAUGGCACAGAAUGUGGGUAUAACACCACAACGCGACGAGCGAUUUGAUAUAACGAGCACAACAAAAUAUUUGUGCGGCAUUCGUGACGUCAUAGCUAUUCAUAAAACUCAGCCAGGUGACCUUUAUCGCUAUUGGUAUAAAUUCCAUUAUUUUAAAGAUAUCGUCUGUAAUAAAAACGGGUCUCAACAUCGGGAAAAUUCAACUUUUUUAUACCCGGGAAAACCCGUCAUAUCAUCGGUCUUAAAUUUUUAUUCGACCCCUGAAGUUUGUGUUAAACCAGAUUCAGUUAAUGACGUGAUACUUGUUCUAAUUGCAAGUCGUCCUGGAAAUGUUAAUGCACGAAAUGCGAUACGAAACACAUGGGGACAGUUUUAUGAUGGACUUGGAUUUAGCAUUGUAUGUCUGUUUUUUGUUGGUAAGACUCAGAAUGUGACUGAACAGAACUUAAUGACACAGGAAGCUAGUUCACAUAACGAUAUCGUCAUUGCUCAAUUUCUGGACCAUUCAUAUAACGAGACUAUUAAAACCAUCGCUAUGUUUCGUUGGGUAGCUGUUUAUUGUACAGAAGCUAAUUACGUAAUCAGAACAAAUGAUGCGUCAUAUUUGCUUUAUAAUAAUAUAUUACCAUACUUACGAAAUUCAGCUCCAAAAUCUAACCUGAUAGCUGGCAAUGUUCUCCAAUUAAAAGAACCAGAUAGAAAUGUAAAAAGUGAUUCAUACACUCCGUACGACGUUUGGCCACAUAAGGUCUUUCCCACGUAUGUAGAAGGACCAACCUAUAUCAUGACUAUUGAUGUAGUAAGGAGGUUAUGGAAUGCUGCUCAAGAGACGUCUCCUUUACUGUGGGAAGAUGUCCACGUAGGUCAUCUCUUACAGAAAGCAAAUAUAGUGCCAACAAACUUACAAGCGUUUAGCGAUGCAAGUCACUGCAAAUAUAGUAACUUAUUCGCAGUAACAUAUCUUACUCCCAAUCAAAUGUUGUCAUCAUUUCAGAGUCAUCGAUAUGAUUAUGAUGACUGCUGA